AUGGAGUUGCAUGAGAAUCGAGCUGCUGUCACAUCAUUCGUGAGAGAUUUCUGGAUGCGAUUUGACUUGCCCUUCCAUGCUGUUCUUUCCAAGUUCCCUUAUUUCUUCUCUGUGAUCAAGUUCCAGAUGGCUCAGCAGUGCUCCCAAAAUGAGUAUUUUGACGGUUUGCUCCGUGCUUGCAAACCUUGUCACCUUCGAUGCCCCAAUACCCCUCCUGUCUCCUGCCAGCGUUAUUGUAACUCGAGUCUGAAUAAUUCAGUGAAGGGGUCAAAUGUGAUUAUUCUGUGGACCUGCCUGGGCCUGUGUAUGAUCGUUUCUCUGGCUGUUUUCGUGCUCAUGUUCUUGUUUAAGAAGAUGAGUGCUGAGCUACUGAAGGACAAAUUGAAAAACACAGGACCAGCUCUCCAGGAUGUGGCUAAGGCUGACCUGGACAACAGCAAGACUGGUGUUGAUAUUGUCCUCCCGAGAGGCCUGGGGUACACUGUGGAAGAAUGCAGCUGUGAGGACUGUGUCAAGAGCAAACCGAAGGUUGACCUUGACCAUGUCUUCCCCUUUCCGGCUAUGGAGGAAGGAGCCACAAUUCUUGUCACCACAAAGACAAGUGACCACAGCAAUAGCCUGCCAGGUGCUGCUGAUGUCAUCCAGCACCACCAAGCCGCUGCCAUAGUCAACCCUAACUCACGGUGA